AUGAAGACUUCUCCUCAAUAAUUCUAAAGAGAAAAUGAAGAAACUGUAUGGCAUACUCGCAAGUUACGUUAAGAAACUGAGAAAGAUAUCUAAUUGAUGAAAAAUAGACUUAAAUUAUUAAAGCGAGGUGAUGCGCAAUUAUCUAAGAGAAUUGAUGAAACUAAAAAGAAAACAAAAUCGAUGAUAGAAAUGAAAAUGAAUCAUCAUGCGCAAAUUGAAUAAGUUACUAAUUUUAUUUAUUAAUAUUUAUUAGAAAAAACAAAGUUAGAAGAAUGAUGAAGAAAUAUUAAAAGAUAAAUAAAAAUUAAAUUAUAGCAUCAAAAAAUAACAAGAAGAAUAAUUAGAUACAAUUAAAAAAGCUAUGGAGUAAAUCAAAUUUGAAGAAUAUAAAAGAAUUAAGUAUGAAUCAAAAAUAUCAUCUAAUCUAGAGAAUUAUCAUAAAAAAAUUCUGAAGCUAUUAGUAAAUAAAAACAAGAUUUUAUUACUAAGAACAGAGAGAAAAGGGAAUAUAUUAAAGAAAUUAUGUCAAAAUCAAAAACCAACAUAUCUCUCUAUUGGAAUGAAAAAUUAUCUCAUAUCCAAAGAGAAAAUGAAAAGUAAUUUUUAUUACCAUAAAAAUUAGAGCUAAACUUGAAAAUAAAAGAGUUGCUGACUAUAAUAAAGCUUUAUAAGAAAAAAUGGAAAUGGAAGAAUCAUAUAUGAUGCAAAAAUUAAUCAGAUCUUAAGAAGUUUAAAAACUAUUGGUAGUGAAGUUAGAAAAAGCUAAAAAUUUGCCUCAUGAUGAAUUCAAUCACAUGAUUUUAGAAGAAGAAGAGCAUUCGAAUCAUCAUAAAACAAAUAAAAGUGUUGAAAUACCUCGUUGGUUACCUACUCCAGAAAAAGAUAUUAUUGUAACAUAACAUUUAGAAACAGAACCUAAGCAAGAUUCUGAUUCAUAGAAAAAAGAUGAAACUCCAUAAGAUUAAUAAAAUUGA